AUGAUUUUAAAACACACAACUCCCGUAUUUUCUAUAAUACUAUUUGCAAACUAUGCACAAUCUUUAAAUUGCUGGAAUUUCUCGGACACCCAGUUUCAAGGCACAAUUCAAAAAACACCAAGGGUAUUUUUUUCUGAAUUUCGCGUUUCCCAAAUAAAUGUACUUCAAACAUUUUUUAGAUUCAAUCAGAAUGUCCUGGAAAUUAUUGUAUGACAUUGUCUGAAGAAGGUGAUGAUUUCAAUGUGUUUAAUGGUACUUGUCCAGAUCCAUCUGUUGUUAUUACUGAUUGUGAAGUUAGUUUAUGAAAGUUUGAGGCAAUGAAACUUUGGUAGCAGUUUAUAGGAUUUUCAAGUAAAAAUAACGUUCGAUACAAUGUUUUACACUGAAAAUUAUCAGAAAUUUUUUUCAACCAAGUAGAAAUCAAUUCUCCCACCCCUUCCUCUAGCCAUAUAUGUAUGUUUUUCCAGACCCGAGGAAAUGGAUGUCAGAAGGAAACAAUCCGCGAAGUUUAUAUCAAAGUAUGUUGCUGUAACACAGAUCUUUGCAACUAUUCAAAAACUAGAACACUUUUUCUGACUAUAACAAUUUUAUUUAUAAUUAACUUUAAUUAA